AUGGCCUGCAACCUCUUCUUUCUUCCUCAUCACCCUUCCCCGUCCCCCCUCUUUCACCCGACCGCCGCCACCCCGUUCUGCCACCGCCACCAGCAGCCGCGUAUACCCUUCCUCCAAAAACUCUACACCAACAAACUGAACAACCCAUUUCCUUUCACGCCGCUUCAAGAACCUUCUUAUGAAAAUAAUAACAACGACAAAAACAACAAUAGAGGCGGUGGAGGAGGACGAGGAGCCGGUGGACGUGGCGACGGCUGGAACAACAAUUUCUUUAAUUUCAACCAAUACCCAUAUUUUCUUUUUCCUUUUUACUUAAAAUUUGAAAAACAACACGACCCAUUUACCUUAGCAGUUCAAGAACAUAUCUAUUUGUUCCUAGUUUCCGCUUCUGCUUCUAUUAGCUACUUCGUUUUUUCGUCCUCUGAGGCGCAAGCUAAAACUACUGACAAUGAAGGGAUUGUGUGUGAAAUCAAGGGUGGGAAGAAAGUUGAGCUUGUUCAGGAUUAUAAAAAGGAUGAAUUUAUUGUUCCAAAAACAAUUUGGUCGUGGGAUUGGGGUUCGAGAAGGAAAGAUUCGAAUUUCUCGAGUUUUGAGGAUGUUUGGAUGAAAUGUAGGGAAUUUGUUUUGGAUUUGAUGCUCCCCGAGGGAUUUCCCUCGAGUGUGACAAGUGAUUAUUUGGAGUAUUCUCUUUGGAGAGGGGUUCAGGGCAUUGCAUCACAGAUUAGCGGCGUGCUUGCUACUCAGUCUUUGCUUUAUGCGGUAGGAUUGGGGAAGGGAGCAAUUCCGACUGCGGCAGCUGUGAAUUGGGUUUUGAAGGAUGGCAUUGGUUAUCUCAGCAAGAUUUUAUUGUCAAAGUAUGGGAGACAUUUUGAUGUGAAUCCAAAGGGUUGGAGGUUAUUUGCAGAUCUACUAGAAAAUGCUGCCUAUGGAAUGGAGAUUUUGACCCCUGCUUUUCCACAUCUCUUCGUCCCAAUAGGUGCUGUUGCAGGAGCUGGAAGAUCGGCGGCAGCAUUAAUCCAGGCAGCUACCAGGAGUUGUUUCUAUGCCGGUUUUGCUGCUCAGAGGAAUUUUGCGGAGGUGAUUGCUAAAGGUGAAGCUCAAGGAAUGGUGAGCAAGUCCAUAGGAAUUAUGCUUGGCAUAGGGUUAGCUAGCUGCGUACAAUCUUCUGUGCCUCUUGCUCUUGCUUCUUUUGGUGUGGUUACUUGGAUCCACAUGUUUUGCAAUCUCAAGUCAUAUCAAUCAAUUCAACUAAGGACUUUAAAUCCAUAUCGUGCAAGUUUGGUCUUCAGUGAAUAUCUGCUCAGUGGUCUAGUACCUUCAGUUAGAGAGGUUAAUGCUGAGGAACCACUAUUUCCAGCCUUUCCGGAUUUGAAUAUGAAGCCUGCAUCUGAAGGACAAGCAGAAGUGCUAUCUGCUGAUGCCAAGGACGCAGCUGCUCAUAUUGAGUGCCGUUUACAACUAGGUUCCAAGCUCUCCGAUGUUCUUAAAAGCAGAGAAGAUGCUAUUGCACUUCUCAAUCUGUACAAAAAUGAAGGUUAUAUUCUGACAGAGCUUGAAGGAAGAUAUCAUGUGACACUAAAAGAAUGUUCCUCACCACAAGAUAUGCUCAAGUCAUUAUUUCAAGUCAACUAUCUGUAUUGGUUGGAGAGAAAUGCUGGAAUUAAAUCAAGUAGCACUCGUGAUGACUGCAGACCAGGAGGAAGGCUGCAAAUAUCUUUAGAAUAUGUUCGACGGGAAUUCAACCAUGUUAAAAACGAUGGCGAAAUUGCAGGUUGGGUUGUUGAUGGUCUCAUCGCGAGGCCUUUACCUAAUAGAGUUGCCAUAGGUAAUGAAGCUGCAUCUCCUCCCGCUCUACGUUGA